GAACCACUUGAACAAGAAGAGACAAGAAACUGCACUUCUAAUGCACAAUAUACAAUUGCAUGAAUUAUCCUUGAAUUGAACAAAGUGUGUAACUAGAGGGAGAAGGUUACAUUAAAAAUAUACCUUUUAAAGGUAUGUAGGUUUUUUUUUAAAAUACGUGUUCAUAUUCUCCAUAUGCUUACAUAAGCACUUCCAGUUCUGAUGGUGAGAAAUAUGCAUACUUUUUUUUGUCUGACGCUGUUGCCAUGGUGACUCGUUAUAUCUGCGCUCUAAAGCUUAUUGAAUGUAUCUUCCAGGGUCUUUGUACAAGUAAGAGGCCAUGUUUCUGCUUCAAUCUAAAGUUAAUACAGGAUUCGAAAACCCACAGCAGAAAAUAAAUCCUGCUGUUUAAUGGAAAAAUACAGAAGUAACAAAUCUAUUUCAGGUUUCUGUUCACACACAGUUUCAUUUAGGUGGAUGAUCACUGUUGGUGCUUGAGGUCUUUAAACGUCUGUCACAUGAUAUCGACCUCUCUCGACUUUAUACAUCAUCAUAUCUACUGCAGAGAUGUGGAACGUCUCCAUAUUAAUGUGCCUUUGGAAAGGGAGAUCGUAAUCAAAAUCAUGUCUGAUGGUCAAAUCUCUAGAUAAUUUGUGUGUACACUUUACUUCUGGGUCAAAACGGAUGUAUAAGAAAAUGUGUGUGUGUUCAGAAGAGGUCAACUUCCUUUUUUAUCAGUUUGACACCCAUGCUGUGAGUUUGGAGAUAUUUUGGGUGUAUUGUUUUAUAACAGGAAGUACUUUUGUUUCUCACAAACUGAAGAAGAGAUGAAGAUGCAGCAGUUGGUUCUGAUUCUGCUCGUGCUGUCAGGUGUUUUCACUCAGGACAGUAAAUGGGGUGUGAAAUAUCCUGAUAAACCAAUCUGUGCUGUGAGAGGAUUCAGUGUCUCCAUUAAAUGUAGUUAUUAUUAUCCACAAGGUCAUCAGGUGAUACAAAAACUUUGGUGCUCGAGUAACUUAAACACAUAUAAGUGUGAAGAUGACUAUGUUUAUAACAGCUCAUUAAACACAGAGUCAGACUUUAAGUUCACUGGAGACGACAAAUCAGACUGUACUUUAUUAAUCCACAAUGUACGGUUCAGUUAUUCUGGAGUUUACAGAUUCAGAUUUAUUACUGAUAAGAACAAAUGGACAGGUGAACCUGGAGCGACUCUACAAGUUACAGAUUUAAAGGUGUCACUAAUCAGACUCAGUGGAAACGGAACCCUUAAACAAGGAGACUCCUUAAAUCUGACGUGUGAUGUGAGCUGCACACACACUUCCUCACAGUUUGUGUGGUCUAAGAACAACCAGAGUUUAAAUACAUCAGGACUCGUUCUUCACUUUCCUGCUCUAAACCUGAGGGAUUCUGGGAAUUACACCUGCACUUGGGGAACCGGUGAGACGUCAGGAUCUGAAACCAUCAGCCUUCACGUGGAGGAAAAUCCUGAACACCAGUCAGUCUGGGUCAAUGUUUUGGUGAUCAUCGGAGUGAGUGUCUUCGUCUCAGUCGUCUCAGGAGCUGUGAUACACAACAGGAGGAGGAAAUUUACAGCUCCAGAAGAAAACGUGAGGGAAAAUGGAGAGAAAACACGAACAAAGCCACGGUUCAGCUCUCAGGUUUCUCAUGUUGUUGAGGAAGAAAUGUUGAACAAGGACGAAGUGACUUACUCGUCUGUCCAGUUAAAAACAACCAAAAGUUCACAGCUAAACCGAGAUCCUCAGCCUGAUAAAGAAGUGUUAGAUAAAGGAGGAGACAUUUAUGCAUCUGUGUUGAAGAAACCCAACAAAGCCACCAAACGGUGUGACCACACGGAGCAGCAGAAGGACGAUUCUGUUAUCUACAGCAGUGUGAAAAUGACCUGAUGAUGUUUUCACACCUUAUUCAACUCCAGUGCAGAUGAGUUUUAUUUAGACAUCAUCAUAAAACCUCAUCAUACAUUUUCCCAAUGCAUGUAAUUCUUUAGGAUUUAAGACUUGUUAAUAUCACAGGACAUUUAUUUGCUGUACACAUCCUGUUAAGAAGGGCAUUUAAACUCUUACAUUUUAGUAAUUUUAAGUUACACAAAUGGCUUCAAUUGACUAACCAAACUGAGUAUUUCAUUAAAUCUUUAACAAAAUAUAUAGCAGCUGUCCAGUUAUAAAUCGUCCCAGACGUUGCUUAUAAAGUCGGGCUGUGACAGUAUCGUCCCCAAUAGAGCCAGUGUUAUAUUUAUUACAAAGGAAUCGAUUCUCUAAUUAAGUCUAAAUACGUGUGAUUUCUUCAUUGUAAUUAGGGGUCCAAGCACCAAGGGUGAGUAGGAACCCUGUAGUUAUUCUACCUUUUCUUCUUCCUCUUCUUCUGGCUUGCUAGACUGUUUUAGUUUUCUAUGUGGAGAUGGAUUUAACUGCUCUGGGAUUUUAGACCCUUCUGAAUCCAUCGUGUCAUGAAUCUUUUACAAACAGGACGUAAAGUAUUGUAUAUCCUGUAAAUGACAUGUUGGUAAAGAGCUUUUUCAUCAGCACAGGUACAUCCUGACUGUUUAGAUUAUAUAUGUACUGUAUAUACGCCUGCUAGUCAUGUGACCUUCUAAUGUUCAAGCAUUUUAUUAAAUAUAUGACUUUAUAUAACUUUGAUUUAAUGUUUUAUUAAAUAUAUGAUGUGUAUAAGAGAUAUAAGAUACAUGCUGAGUGC